AUGUGUGAAACAUAUCGAGAUCCAUGGCAAGAUUACAAAGCAAUAUUUGAGUCAACGAAGAAAAAAUUUUUGAAAAAACCAAAUUACGCUCAAGCGCUUGCAGAAUACGAGAAUUUAGCACUGCGAUUUCAAGAUGAAGAAUUCGAGCAUUAUGCAGGAUUAUGCAAUAUUCAGAUGGCAAAAAUACAUGAAACCUUAGGAAACUGGAGUAUGCAAUAUAGUCGACUUUUAAAAGCUGCUCGAUAUUUCAAACAGGCUGAACAUAAAGCUGAUAGUAUGUGUUCAAUGUUAUAUUCGGAGAAUUUAAAUCUUAUGCAAGAUUGUUACAAUAAAGCAACGAAACUUAUACUUGACCACAGUGGUGUUUGGCUCGCUGGAUUACAUUCUAUGGAAGUAGGUCAUGCACUUGAUGGAUUCGGCAAACCUCAUUUAGCACUUAAAUAUCUAGAUCGAGGUUCUCGCUUGUUAGAAGUCGAACACAACAGUCGAAUUGCCGCUCUUUUAAAAUUAGCUGAAUGUCAAUGUAAAUUGAAAUAUUAUUCAGAUGCACUGACGACUUUAGAUGAACUUUGGACAGCUCAAAUGAAAAAUGUUGCUGACCCAAGAUUUGCUUCUGGAAAAGAUCUUUUAAAAGACUGUGAAAUUACUACUGUGCUUCUUCUCUUGAAAAUUAAGAGCAAUGACAUAUCUGCACGUCAUCGAUUUUUAUUGUCUAUGUAUAGCGAGAGUUUCUUCGAAGAAUUCAGCAAGCAAUCAAUGAAUAAUGGUGAAGAAAAAGUUAAAGGCUAUAAUUCCCAAGAAGAAGCUUCUAGUAGCAUUUGCAAAGCAUCGGAUGAGGAUGAAUCGAUAUCAAUUGACAACAAUUUUACGUCGCGAUCAUCUGAAUUUGAUGGAGCUCCAUGGAAUAAAUAUCCUUUAAAAGAUUCAUGUUUAACCGCUGAGCAAUUUUUAAAUUUUUAUGAUUUUAUUCUUUCACUUCGUAAUGGAGAAAUAUUUAUGGCAAAAAAAUCAUUUUCACGUCUAAAACCUUUUCUUAAUAAUGUAUCGUUGAUUAUAGCUAAGGAUAUGUUGUCAUCAUUGAUUCACAAAGGUUCAAUUUGA